GCACAUCGUAGUGAAUCUUGGGGAAGCAGCUCUGCGCGAAGCGAAGCAUGCACUUGCCGGAAAGACCAGGCAGCCCUUUGUGUUCAGAUGGACUCAGUUUGGUCUCUCGUCUGUCUGUAAACGCGACAGAAAUAAAGUAAAAAACAAAAACAAAACAUAGAGUAGGGGGAAAAGGGCGGGACUUCCUCCAGACAUAAACGCGUCAGGGCCUUUAAUCUCUGCGUACAGCUUCGAGACGAGCCAGUGCAGGAUCAGAUAACGAGGCUGUCAAAUCCCACAACGCGAUGCUGCGCUGUUUGCUGCGAGGAGGCUGCAGUCCUCUCUUCUGGGUUUGGGUCCUGCUUCUUCCUCUGGCCUCCCUGCAUCGCCUCAACCAACAGGGCCGCAGGGACCGCAACGUGAAGGACCGGCCCAAACUGCUGCUCGUUUCCUUUGACGGAUUUCGUUGGGAUUACAUCUACCGGGUCCCGGCGCCUAACUUCCUCAAACUCAUUGAAGAGGGGGUGAAGGUGGAGCAUGUAGAGAACGCGUACAUCACCAAGACCUUCCCCAACCACUACAGCUUGGUGACGGGGCUGUACGCCGAGUCGCAUGGCAUCGUGGCCAAUGAGAUGUACGACCCUGUUCUGAACCGCUCCUUCUCAAUGGAGACGGACAGUAUAUAUGAUUCACGGUGGUGGGAGGAAGCGGUGCCUCUCUGGGUGACCAUCCAGAAAGCUGGAGGGCGGAGCGGAGCAGCGAUGUGGCCAGGGUCCGACGUGAGGAUCCAUGGCAUGUACCCCAAUAAGUACCUCCAGUACAAUGCCUCAGUCUCCUUUGAAUCCAGAGUGGAGCAGAUUAUCAAGUGGUUCUCUGCACCCGAAGAAGAAGCGGUGGAUUUCGGGGUUCUGUACUGGGAGGAGCCAGACGAGAGCGGACAUAAACUGGGACCUCAGAGUACCCAGAUGGACAAAGUCAUCUACGGGAUCGACGAGAAGCUCGGAUUCCUCAUAAACGAGCUGAAGAAGGCACGGCUGUAUGAGAAAGUGAACCUGAUAGUGACCAGUGAUCACGGGAUGGCGCAGCUUUCCCCCGAUAAAAUCAUAGAGCUGGAUCAGUAUGUGAGCAGAGACCUGUACACCUGGGUGGAUAAGAGUCCGGUGGUGGGGAUACUGCCUAAAGACGGAGCGCUUGAAGAGGUGUACGAUAAGCUUGUGGACGCGAACCAGAAUAUGCUGGUGUACAAGAAGGACAACAUUCCCCAGCACUUCCACUAUCAACACAACGUCCGGAUCAUGCCCAUCAUCAUAGAGGCCAGAGAGGGUUGGACCAUCGUGCAGAACAGGAGCAGUCCCUUCAUGUUGGGAAACCACGGCUAUAACAACACCUUACAAAGCAUGCAGCCGGUGUUUGUCGCCCGAGGGCCAGCCUUCCGCCAGAAGUACGUCAAGACCUCCAUGCGCUCUGUCGACCUUUACCCUCUCAUGUGCCAGAUCCUGUCCAUCAAGCCUCUGCCAAACAAUGGCUCCCUCUUAAACGUUAUAGACCUGCUGUCCCCGGACACGACUCCACCCAAGGUCCCCGAGUAUUCCUAUGCCCCCGUCGUGGGUUCUUUUCUCGGUGUGGUGAUGGUGCUGGGCUUUCUGGUGGUCUACAUCAGACAAGUGACACUCAAACAGCUGCCGUCACUCAAACACAGAAGCAGGGAGAUGUCGCAGCCUUUACUGCAAGAGGACUUGCAACUGUAGCUGAAGAAACAGGAAUGAUGGCAGACAUAAAAGAAGAGGAGGUAUUGCUCCCCAAGGUAGUCUCUUCUGCCCAGAAGCAUCCCCCAAACGCUUCCCUUAUAACGACUAAAUGCCAGUGUGAUUCCCUUUUUAUUAGAUAGAGAUCAAGGGAAUCUAAUCUAACCUCCGAAUCAUAUAGAGGUAAAACUUGAUUGCUUGUUUGUAAGGGAAAUGCCAAGGGUUUGCUUCUGGUGCAGGCUUUAUCAAGAUAAUAAACCUUUACAUGGGCUUUAUAGUGGCUUUGCUUUUAUUGUGAUUUUACCUACUAUCAUUUUGUCAUCUCAUCAUCAUUUAAAAAGUGAAAGUGGAAAAUGAACCUGUGAAUAUGGCAGGUAUGAAGAAUUGUUAGCCAAAACCAUGACUCUGAUACCACGAAGGUGUCAGUAUGCUCAAAAUGAACUUGUUGGUCUGAGGUUUCCAGUGUUAUAUUUCCAGACAAGCCUGUCUUGAUGGCAUUCAUAUUGUUGCAUUAGUGCACAUGAGAAAACAGAAGUAUCUUGAUUUUUUUUUUAUGGAAAAGUUCUUCUUUGCUUACUUUCUCCCCUCCGCACCUCUGACCAUGUCUCUGUGCUCAGCAGACAUGAUGUCACCUUUGGAAGCUUACAGACACCUCUGUAUGGCUGGGUGAUAAAACAACAACAACAUGCCAAUAUUUUACUUAAAUUACUAAGAUUACUUCAAUUGAAUGUAUUGAACAGGCUGUUAUACAGCAGGAAAAUACACAACAGCCAGCUAGUCCAUGAUUUUGCUUGCAUGGGAAGCUAAUGCCUGCUUUACACUGCAAAGCAUUAUUCAUUUGCUGAUAAAUUGGAUUUGUCUUUAAAGGAAGAAUGUGUGACUUUUUGAUCCAGCAUGAAACCAAAAGGAAGUGUUGUUGGACGACACCUCCGCUAUUCUGAAGGCUCCGCUCUCCUCCAGUGGCACACCUCUGACCCCCCUCUCUCCUCGCAUUCGCAUCACAAAGUUGUACCUUGCUCGAGCUGCAAUUGUCUGCGUCCUGCAUUGUUGUGUUAGCAGGCUAAUGUUAGCACACUUUGGUUAACACAUAGCUUCAUAUUGCACAUAAAUUAAUAGAAUGACAGAGAUCUAAAAACGCCUACGUGACAUCCAAAUAAGCAGUGAGUAGACUUUGUUAUUCUUCUUUUCUCUAGUCCUUGACUAAAACAGCUUUAUACGCAAGGCCGUCCCGUCCAUGUAACAAUGAUGUAAACACAGCCCGGCAACCACACAGCUGGCGGAAUUAACUUGAUUUCUGCUGUAUUUAUGUGUAAAAUGUCACACAUUCUUCCUUUAAUCAAAACUGAGUUUAACCAAAUGCCACAAGAACCAGUGUUUAAAGUGAGAUCCAGGUGAUCUUUCAAAGAUACAUUAUACAUUGCAUCAAUUACACGAUGUAAGUAGCAGUUUGGCUAGCAGCCCCCUCAGAGGACAUGCUUUGAGAGACACAUAUUUUUCAUUUCUAAGCCCUCCAUUCUGCUACUUUCUUUUCAUUUGGUUUUUAAUUGCCAGGUCUGUUUGUCUUGAAGAGGAAAUGAAAUUGACUAUUUUUUUUUGCUCCCCCUUAAAACUCUUGAACCGUAAAACUGAAGAAUGACCACAGAAAGAAUCCUUAUGGAAAAACAAACCAAGAUACUAGAGACAAGCUGCAGCUUUGAAUAAAUGAUAGUCUCUACCUUACAUAAUGAAGCUUUUGGUUUCUUUUUUUCUUUUUUUUUUUUUUUCAGAUUUAUUUUUGGGCAUUUUGUGCCUUCUUUUUAUUAGAGAGAUAGGACAGUGGAUAGAGUCGGAAAUCAGGGAGAGAGAGAGAGAGUAGGGAAUGACAUGCGGGAAAGGAGAGAUGCUAGUUAAAAAUCUAAAAAACAACAAGAGUUCCUUUGAAGCAUACUGACACCUUUACUCCUUGACAGUAUAUCGGCAUUUUCAAAUCUAUGCAAACAGGUUUGUAUGUCAUGAAGGAAGGACAGAAGUCGAUCUUGUCUGGUUUGUGCCACAAUUGUUGUACUUGUGGUCUGAGCACUGAAUUAGCAGCUACUUUGAAAUAAAAAGACUGUGACCAAUGGGAAAUGUAUUUAUAACACUCAAAGAGAUUCAGGAGCUCAGCAGGGGUCAGUGUUAUAUUUUGAAUGUUAUACUUGGAAUCAAGUCUCACUCCAUGUGCCAGACUACUGCUCAUACAUGUAGGUCAUUGCUCUUUAGCAGUCAGUAACCAUUUGCCUUUUAAAUAACAGAGAACUUCUCUCUCUAACGUGUGCAAUCGUUUGUGUGUCAGUCUGUUAUUUUGUAGAUUUGUGUUUGGAGAACAUGUGUCUGUGUAGAUGACUGUGUACUGUCCUCCUGUUCAUACACUCACCGUCAUUACCACGGCCAUUUGUUGGUGAAAUGUGAAGUGCAAUUGCUAUUGGUCAGUAUUUUGUCUUAGGGAUUUUCAAGGGUUUUGUUGUUGCUCGGUUGAGAAGACUAUUUCGGCAUGACUUGUGAGAACUGUUCCCCUGAUUUGCACUAUAGGAUAGAAAUGAAAGAGAACCAAGGGGCAGUGGCUGGAUGCUUUUUAGGUCAUGUUUAAUUUGCACUCGUUGUUCGUAGUAGCUAUUUGAAACGAUACAAAAGUUAGGUGCCUCUUGCCAAAAAGCUUUUUAAUGAGCGUAGUGAUAGAAAAGUCAAGUAGAAUCAAAAUCGAAAUAAAUAAUUCUAAUAUUUUUUCAGCAUCUUUUAGGAAACAAUUGAUUAAAUCUUCUUCUGUUUUUUGAUGCACUGACUAAUACCUGUUGCCCAAAAAUGACAGACAUCACUGUGAUAUAUAGUUUUUACAAAAUUUAAAUUCAUAAAUUGAAAGAAUUUAUAUGGAAAAUGUUAAUUUUCGGAUAACUGUUGUUUUAUGAAAGAGGUGUCGGAUAAUUUUGCCCUGAAUUUUUGAAAUGAAACAUGUCAAGAAUAUAUUUAAAUAAUUAUUUGGAAAUAAUUAGAAAGUAAUUCAUAUUAGAUCAGGUUUAUCUCUGUGGAUUAUUAACUUGGAUUUGAAGAAUGGAUGAUUAAAUAUCUUUACCAUGUUGAUGCAAUUAAAGAGUCUUCUGAAAUUAAAGGGACGUGUGUGAAACGGA